GCACGGCCCCAACUCGUCCUACCGGAGCGCUCUAUCGGAAAGCUCGGACUUCAGUGGACGGAAACCCCACUUCGUGCCGAUCACCCGACUCGAUGACGCCCAGGCCAUCCGAGCCGCUGAGUUCCAUCCCAACGGACAGCUCUAUGCCAUCGGAUCCAACUCCAAGACACUGAGACUCUGUGGUUAUCCGAAGUCACAUGAGUUGCGGACUUUGAGAGAGGAUCAUGUGCCCCAUCAGCCAACUGUCCUCUCCAAACGGGUGAAACACCAUAAGGGAAGCAUUUAUUGCCUGGCGUGGAAUACAACGGGAGAUCUGUUGGCCACCGGUUCUAACGACAAGAGCAUCAAAAUGAUGAGAUAUAAUGCGAU